CUCUCUUAUGGUCACGUGGGUCCCAACUCUGUAUCAGUAUGUAGCUGAACAUCAAAGAAGCUUUCAUUGAACAAGACCUGACUUGCAGCAACUGCAUCUUUAAUAUGCCACACACACGAACACGCGCACGCAUUGCCAAAAACAUGUACGUAUGCAUACUUUGAUCAAUCAGAGAAAGUUUUUUUUCUCUCAACGGGAGGGGCAACUUCUUUAGCUGCAAGGGGGCAGAUCAGACUCUCGUAGACUCGAUCCGGUUCUCAAGCAGAGCACCGAGGAACCCUGACCGUGAGUCCACGCGUAAAGAUGCCGCACAAGAGACGAGGCCACGGGCACCACAAGCACCCGAAGGAGGCGGACGAGCAAGGAGGAGCAGCUGCUACCCUACCUGAAGUCCAUCAUAGUAGCAGGUUUUACUCCGACCAUCCCACGUCAGGGUCCUCCUAUGUCAAGUCGCAGCCGAGCCGGGACACACCCAAACCGGCAGCUCAGGUCUCCGGCCUGAAACCUGCAGCGUUCCAGAAGGCGCCGUCGGCAUCCGGCGCGGCUGCAAAGCCUCGGCUGGUCACCGCGACGUCGAGCGCGGUCGCACACGGUGGCGUCGCAGCAGCGGCAGGAAGCGCUUCGGUUGGGAGGGCGGGACAAGCCAAACCGGAGACUAACGCUCCGCCGGCGGGCGCUACUGUUGUUGACAUGUCGUCAGCCGGGGCGACCUUUGUUGACAUGACGUCAGCCGGGCCGAGGGGCCGUCCUAACGAGAUGUCAAAGACUGCCGCCGUCUCCCAAGUCAAAGCCUCCGCCACAGCUCCGCCUCCUGCAGCCGCCGGCGUCGCGGCAACCAAACCCAAAGAGCCCCCCAGAGGCUCGGCCAAGAGUGCCACUGCCACCACAACAGUCAGAGCUGAUGUGCAUAAAGUUGACCCCGUGGUCGGGGCUGGAUAUGGGAGGACGGAGGCUAGACCCACACAAACCAAGGUUCAGGUGGAGGUCCCCCCCGCUGCAGCUAAAGGAGUCCAAGAGGUGGACCCGUUCGACGCCCUCGCCAGCUGCCUGCCGUCGGCUGACGUGGUCGCACCCCGACAGCCCGUGUACACGGGGCCAGAGGUCCAAGAGCUUAACGUCACCUCUGAGAAGGGGCACAGGACCGGAGAACGGGACAGCACGCUGCCUCCCGGCUUCAGGUUUGAAGAUAUGCCUCCAGUUCCUGCGGAUUUUAAACCCGAGGACGUCCCGAAACCAAUGAGCUCCGGCGAGGCCCUGGAUUCUCUUUCAGAUGCGUUCAUGACGUCAACCGUUCCAGCUGCACCCCAGAGGCCAGAGAACAAGGCUCACGUUGAGAGCGUCAGUGCCUCAUCAGCCGGCCCUGCUAGCUUUGCUCCGCCUCCUGUAAAGGUAAAGACUGCGAGUCCUCCAGCUGAUAAGAAAGCCAAGAUGGAGAACGUCUCGAGUGACUUCUCUCUGAUGUCUGCUGUGGGCGCCAAAGUGGACACCAAGCCCAAGACCGACGGGGGUGACUCCAUGUCUCUGGAUGCUCUCAGCGCUCUCGUGGACACGUUGCCAGAAGACAAACCAAAGCCUGAACUCCCCAAACUCAGACCUGAGGACAUGGUCUCGGAGGACAAACACAAGAAGGAGAAGGGGGUGUUCGUGGGGGAGAGGGAGGACUCCAUUCAUCCAGAUUACAGGUUCAAUAAGGAGGAGCUCAAAAAACUGCCUGCUCCAAAACCUGAGCCCACGAUGGGUACCGGUGACGCUCUGGACAUUCUGUCUGAAGGCUUCAUGACCCCUUCAGCAGCGCCUGCUGUCCAGGCUCCUCCUGCAAAGAAAGCCCCUGCAGCUCCUCUCGUGGCUGUGUGUCCUCCCGCUGAUAAGAAAGCCAAGAUGGGCAAAGAUGAUUUCUCUCUGGAGGCUGGACUCGAUUUCCCGACCGUCGCGAGAGUGGAGCCCUCUUUGGCCUCAUGUCUGGCUUCUCCUGCUGGUAAGAACGUCAAAACGGAGAAAGCUGCUGCAGGAAAGGACGUGCAGAAGACGGGUCAGGGUGACUCCAUGUCUCUGGAUGCUCUCAGCGCUCUCGUGGACACGUUGCCAGAAGACAAACCAAAACCUGAACUCCCCAAACUCAGACCUGAGGACAUGGUCUCGGAGGACAAACACAAGAAGGAGAAAGGUGUGUUCGUAGGAGAGAGAGAGGACUCCAUUGCUCCAGAAUACAGGUUCAAAGAGGACACACUCCAAAAACGGCCUGCUCCAAAACCGGAGCCCACCAUGGGUACCGGUGACGCUCUAGACAUUCUGUCUGGAGGCUUCAUGACGUCUUCCUCAGCUCCUGCUGUCCAGGCUCCUGUCGUCACGCCCUCCGCUCCUCCUACACAGACCAAAGUAGAGGAUUUGUCAGCUAUGGAUCUACUUCUUGAAGAUUUUGUGGCUCCAACUAAAGCUUCUGGAGUUCAGGCACCUGCCCCUCCUCCUGCCAAGAAGACACCAGAGCCCCGCUCCGGUAACGCUGGACCACCACAAGCGAAGCCCAAGACCCAAUCGGGUGACUCCAUGUCUCUGGAUGCUCUCAGCGCUCUCGUGGACACGUUGCCAGAAGACAAACCAAAGCCUGAACUCCCCAAACUCAGACCUGAGGACAUGGUCUCGGAGGACAAACACAAGAAGGAGAAGGGGGUGUUCGUGGGGGAGAGGGAGGACUCCAUUCAUCCAGAUUACAGGUUCAAUAAGGAGGAGCUCAAAAAACUGCCUGCUCCAAAACCUGAGCCCACCAUGGGUACCGGUGACGCUCUGGACAUUCUGUCUGAAGGCUUCAUGACGUCUUCAGCAGCGCCUGCUGUCCAGGCUCCUCCUGCAAAGCCCACCAUGGGUACCGGUGACGCUCUGGACAUUCUGUCUGGAGGCUUCAUGACGUCUUCCUCAGCUCCUGCUGUCCAGGCUCCUGUCGUCACGCCCUCCGCUCCUCCUACACAGCCCUCUGCAGACUUCGUUUUGAAUGCAUUGGCGCCAGACUUUGUCUGCGCCUCCAACGCAACGACGGUGAAGUCGGCAGUUCCCGUUGCCACAGAAACCGGCCCAGAUCUUUCCGCCCUGGAUGCUCUGUCGGACACCUUGAAGGACAUGGCCCCCGCCCCUCAGCCCGCACCACCUCCCGCCAAAGACAUGGUCAAGGAGAAAAAGGUUGUUGAGGAGAAGCUGAUUAAAAUGGGGGAGAGGGAUGACUCACUGCCACCCGAGUACCGACCCACUGAGGAAGACCUGAAGAAAAUGGCAGAAGCAAAGGCCAACGCAGCAGCAGCACCCAAGAAGAAGUCGAUGGACAAUAAAACAGCCUUGGACCUGCUGUCCAGUGACUUCUCCGCUGCCCCCGCUGCUGUCGCCACAAUGCCGGUUCCUCCUGUGCUGGACUCCGAGCCCCUGAAGCCCAUGGCUGGUCCGGUUCUGGAGUCCCUGUCUGACACGCUGCUCCCAGACCUCCCAGAGUUCACGUCUAAGACCGACAAACCAAAGGGCAAGAGCAAGUCAAAGUCAAAGUCUAAAAAACACCAAGCGGAGGAGCCGUCUGCUUCCGAGCAGCUCCCAGAUCAGCGAAGCUCAGACGUCGUGCCAAAGUCUACAAAGAAGGGGGGCCGGAGCUAGACCCUUCUGGUCGUCGGCGAGGGGGCUGCUUCCUGGAGCGUGGUUCUACUUUUCUAAAUCAUCAAGAAUGUAUAGUUGAUAAAAGACAAGACCUAGAUAUAGCCAUAACGCUUGCUCAUUACACACACACACGCGCCCACACACGCACACACACACACACAAACACACACACACACAUGCACACACACACACGCGCACACACACACACACAUGCACACACAUACACGCACACACACACACACACACACACACACACACAUACACGCACACACACACACACACACACACAUACACGCACACACACACACACACACACACACACACACACACACACGCGCGCGCGCGCGGUGCCUUCUCUGCUCGGUUUCACAUGUGUUUGAGGAUGAAAAGGUUUUUGGUUUCAGUCUUUGGAGAAAACAAAAAAGACUUUUUUAAAAGAAGGUGGAGAAUGAAAGAGUGAGUGAAGGGGGGAGGGGGGGGGGGCUGUGAAGAAAGAGCAGUUCAAGUGAGAAUGGUUGUGUUGUAGCCGUGGUAACCGUCAGCGGGCGUACAGCAGCGGGAUGUUUGUGCAAUCUUGAUGUCCACAGAAAAGCCAAGUUUUCUACCCUGAUGUGGUCAGAUGCCAUUGAGACACUAGUGUACAGCUUAGUUUGCUUAUGUUUUGGACAACAUAGAGUUUGCAUAAUUAAAUAUGUGCAGGAUUUCCAGGAGGUGUUCUGCUUGAUUCUGUGUCUGAGAGCUUUUGGCAAAAUGUCUUCCAGUAAAGAUCUAUUAAAAAGGUCUUUUCUCUGUAUUUGGCCUUAAAGUGCACUUAAGGCUUGUUGAUGCCCUUGUUCAGAUGCUGCACAAAAAAAGAUAUUUUUGCUCUACACGAGACAACACUGUAUAAUUUUACAGAGGGCUUUCAAGUCAACAAAUCAAUAUAUACUGUCCCCAAGUUAUGUUUUUCAUGUCAAAGGUUUUUCUGUGUGGGUGUGAGUCAAAAGAUAUGAGAAGUAUUUUAGAUGUGGGAAUGCUAAUUAAAUAAAGAAGAUCUGAACAUUUGAA